AUAAAAGAGAAAAAAGCAAAUGAAAAAGUGAAAAAGAGAAAAAGAAAGAGAAAGGAUAAGAGAGAGAUACAGAAAGAGAGGGAGUGAUCGGUGUUCCACUGGAGGCGCUGUGCAGUGCCAAAGGACCGCGGCGGCGGUGGUGAUUCAGACUUCUUAUCAAUUCUGAAAAGUCGUGGAGAAGAAUAGAGAGACAUUCGUCGACAUUGGGCGUCGAUUAUAUGUACGAAAUGAGGUACCAUUGAUAAGACUCAGAGCGCCGCGCGGUUCCGCCUCCGCCGUGCCCAAACGCGGCACAUCACGGACGUGUGGAUAAAGCGGCGCCAUAUAUACACGAUAUACAAUCGUAUUUUUUCUUUCGCGAAUGCGAGAGGAUAGAAAAAGGGAGGAGUGAAAUAUCGUGAGAACGAAAGAGCGAACGCGAUACUAAUAAAGAAAAUCGAGAUAAAGAAUAAGAAAGUGAAGAAAGAAAGAGAAGGAGUGAGAAUUAGAGAUCUGUGGAUGCGGCGCGGUGUCUGCACCCGUGCGUGAAUCACGCUUUCUUGAGGUGCCUGUGUAUCCCUCGUCUUCAAGCACACCCCAUACUUACAUUGACCUGUUCAAGAACGUCGUUAUUCGCAAUCGAACAAGGCUUUUCAUAAAUAACUUUUCUAAAACAUCUUUCGUGGUGUCAUCCACGAAGAGGCAUUUUUGCUCCGUUUUGUUUUAUAUUCUUUACCGGUUAUCAAGAAUCUAUCUGUUUGUGCUCGUGAUAUAAAACCGGUAUUUUAAAAACAUCACUUCAACAACAUUAUUUAUUAAAUUCAAAGAAACAACUUUUUUUUUCCAAAAUAAAAGUGAAUGGAUCUUAGAAUUUCAUGUUUUCAACAGACUUGGUGUUUUUGUCAACAUAAAAAAUUUUCUGUGCACUGUGAUUUAAACUCUUAGUCCUUUAGAAUUUAUAUAAUAUAACAACAAUUACGAUCUUUAUAAGACUUGAGCUAAUAUUGUUAAACAAAUCUUCAAGUAAAACAAUAGAAAUACAUUGUUAAAAUAGAUUGACAACAAAGAAACAAAAGUAGAUACAAUAUGUCAGAUGAAGAAGAUAAACCCCCUGCACCUCCUGUGCGACUUACAUCAAAUAGAGGUGAAUCAACACCUAACUUACCAGUGGAUAUGCGUCCACUACCUAAAGAACCUGAUUCUGAUGAACGUAAGAAAAAAACGUUGAAAAGCAAAAUGAAGGUAAAGGAAAAUAAAGAUAAACCCAAUAUUAGUUACCCAACUAAUUUUGAACAUACAGUUCAUGUUGGAUUUGAUGCUGUUACUGGUGAAUUUACGCUGCCAUUAAAAGGGAUGCCAGAAGCAUGGGCAAGAUUGCUUAUGUCUAGUAAUAUUAGUAAACAAGAACAGAAGAAAAAUCCACAGGCUGUAUUAGAUGUAUUGAAUUGGUAUGAUAGUAGCAGUAAAGAAACAAAAGGUUCCAAAUAUAUGACAACUACAAAAAUGGUUGGAGUGGUUGCUCCUAUUGAAAGAGCGAGUAGUCCUAGAAGCAUGGGUAUAAGUGUUGGAACAGGAGUAGGAAACAUUCGUGGUCAAGCAAUGUCACAAGCUUCUGGAAGUUCUCAUUCUCAGCAUUCACUCAGCAGAGUAAGUAGCAGUAGUCCAAGUAGUACACCAACAGAUGCUUGUGCAACUAGUUCUGAACAGGAAGAUGAACCACCACCACCACCAAUUUCUGCUAGACCGGAACGUACGAAAUCAAUUUAUACAAAGCCAAUAGAAGAAGAGCCGCCACCACCAUUAACUACUACAUUAGGAUCACCUCAACGAAAUGGUACACCUCAACAGCCACACCAAUCACAAUUGGAUAGAAAUAAAAAUCAAGCUACUCCUACAUCGACGACAACUGAUCAAACAAGACCAGCGCAAAGUGAUAAAGCUAGAAAGAAAAAAAUGUCAGAUGAUGAAAUAUUAGAAAAAUUAAGAACAAUUGUAAGUGUAGGAGAUCCAAAUAGGAAAUAUACAAAAAUGGAAAAAAUAGGACAAGGUGCUUCGGGAACAGUAUAUACAGCAAUUGAAACAUCAACAGGUAUGGAAGUUGCAAUAAAACAAAUGAACCUUUCACAACAACCAAAGAAGGAAUUAAUAAUAAAUGAAAUAUUAGUCAUGCGGGAGAAUAAACAUCCAAAUGUUGUAAAUUAUUUGGAUAGUUAUCUCGUAGGAGAAGAAUUAUGGGUAGUUAUGGAAUAUUUACCUGGUGGUAGUUUAACAGAUGUUGUAACUGAAACUUGUAUGGAUGAGGGUCAAAUAGCAGCAGUGUGUAGAGAAGUCCUACAAGCUUUGGAGUUCCUUCAUUGUAAUCAAGUUAUACAUAGGGAUAUUAAAUCUGAUAAUAUCCUACUUGGAUUAGAUGGUGGAGUGAAGUUAACAGAUUUUGGAUUUUGUGCACAAAUUUCACCAGAGCAAAGUAAACGAACUACAAUGGUUGGUACACCAUAUUGGAUGGCACCAGAAGUAGUUACAAGAAAGCAAUAUGGUCCAAAGGUGGAUAUUUGGUCAUUGGGUAUAAUGGCUAUUGAGAUGAUAGAAGGAGAACCACCAUAUUUGAAUGAAAAUCCAUUAAGAGCAUUAUAUUUAAUUGCAACAAAUGGAAAACCAGAAAUUAAAGAAAAAGAUAAAUUAUCAGGAAUUUUCCAAGAUUUUUUGGAUCAAUGUUUAGAAGUUGAAGUGGAAAAACGAUCAGCCGCUUCAGAAUUACUCAAGCAUCCUUUCUUAAAAUUAGCAAGGCCUCUUGCUUCCUUAACACCUUUGAUAAUGGCAGCGAAGGAAGCUGCUAAAGGUAAUUAAAAGAAUGGUAUAUGUGAUCAUAUAACAUGAUCACAAAGAUAUAAUUUUACAAAUAAUGAAAAAUAAUGAAUCACCCUCCCAAAAUGGAACGGCACAAUAAUUCAAUAAUAUAUAAUAAAUAAUGAAUAAACAUAUAUAAAUAUAUAAAUAUAUAUACAUAUAUAUAUAUAUGUAUAUGUAUAUAUAUACGUAUAUAUAUAUAUAUAUAUAUACAUAUAUAUAUAUAUAUAUAUAUAGAUCAUAGAUAGAUAGAACUUAUCCGAUACCUUGAAAAGUAUCGAGAAAUGGUUUCAAAGUUUUUAAAUUGCUCGAUUCUCGCAUGUUAUGCGGGAGAGGAAAUAAAGUUAAAUCAGAAAAACUGUGAACGAUCUGACGGCAGAAAUCUUGUAUUCCUCGAUGGGUAUUUAUUAGUUACUAAGAGUUGAACAUUUUAUUUAAAUAGUCUUCAAAAUAAAUUGUAUGUGUGGGUUGUUGCCUGAAAAGCUCUUGUACUAAUAUUAAACUAUCAUCGAGGAUUUUCAAGCGACUGUCAGUUAUUUUCUAAAGAUAUAAAAGUAUUACUGACUCUAAAAUUGAAGAUCAGAGUUAGCUACAAACAUACAUUAUUUAUAGCAAAAACCUUAUUAGAUAAUACCAUAAAAAAUGUGAACAAGUACAUAGGACCUAUUCUAAUACAUUAUUAUGGUUUAACAAGAAAUUGUAGAAAAAAGAAAUUGGUCUUCGUGUCAGAUUUAUAUUUUUUGAAUGAAGUUAUGGAGAACAGAGCAAUAUGUUUUCAGUCUUUGAUCUGUCAGUAUGACGUAGAUGUAUAAGCGAUAGCCUAACUUGUUUUAAACGUUCUCAAGAAUCACGUUCUUGUCAUUGGAUGUUAGCAAAUUUCAUUAUGUUAUAUUAAAUUGAAUUUUAAUAGAUUUUUUUUAAUAUUUGGAUAUUGCAAUUUUUGUAUUAUGUUAAUGUAUAUAUAGUAUAGAAAAUUAAUUUCAUAUAUAAUGAAAUUUAUAAUAAAUUUAAUACAUGCAAUUCUUAUUUAAAAUUAUUCAUUUAUAAUUGUAAGAUAAAAUAUAAGUACUUUUUCUCAUUUGCAUCGCUGACGGGACACGUUGGGAUAUUGACCUUGUUACUAAAAUAUGUUAGAUAUAAGAACAUCUUUCUAUGGACAAAUGUCCAGUUACGUGUGUUCUUCAAUACAGGUCAAAUAUAAGUUGUCUUUAACGUGUCUUACAAAAAGUGAACGGAUGAUCGAUGAAAUUUUAAAACAAGGUUCAGAUAUAGGAACAUUUUGUGACACUAUAAAGUGCCUGUCUUGUCAUGUUUAGAGACGUGAAAAACUCGCGCUAGAUUCCUUAUAAUCUUGAACCAUCAACAGAAUAAUUUAAUAUUUUGUUUAAUACAGACACAAACAUACAGAUCAAUAAAAAUAUAUAAAUUUACGUUGACAAUUAUAUAAGACAAGGUUUCUAAAUGGUUGUACUACAUUAAACAUAAUGAUUAAUGUCUUUCCUAAUUGUAUUAUAUCUUAACCAUAUACUACUGAAAAUGAAACCUUGGAUACUUUUAGUUUAAGAAAUACACAUUUUCAAAUUUGUUAUUUUUAUUCAUUGCAUUUUCAUUACAUAUAGGGAUUUAUCAUAAACUAAAGCUAAAGAACGCCACGUAAAAGUAUAAUAGAUAUUGAAGAAAUUAAGAAUAUAUUACAUAAUAUGAAAUAAAAAAGAAAAAAACAUACAUUAUUUGGUAAUGAACUAUCGUAUAUGUAAUAUUAUAUUUAUUAUUUACUGGGUUUAUUAUUUUCGUAAUAUUAAAAAGCCUGAUUAGUUUUUUUAUAUCAAUAAUGUCUAAUUAUACUUGACAGACGAAGCAGCUCAGUUCGUAUCGCGCUUACGCCUAAAUUUGGAGUUAUAUGCUGAAAGAAUUUUAUCUAAAGAAUCAGGGAUAAUAAUAUAUAAUCACAUGAAAUUUGUUUCAUUUUUCUUUCAUUAUUCUAUAAGAAUGGACUCUUGCACUAUUUUGUUUCAGUAUCAACUCCAAAUUAUUUAGGAUUUGUAAGCAAUGAUAGGAGGUAUAGAGAACAAAAAAAAAUAAAUGUGCACGUCUAGUAUUAAUAAACAGUUUCUGUAAAAAAAAAAAAAAAGAAAAAGAAAAAAAAAAAGAAAAAAUAUACGAUUCAGGGUCAAAAUUGACGUUAACUCGAUCAGAAAUACUGAACGAGGUCCUGCAUUUUCACAAAUAUCUUUAGAAAAAAAAAAAAAAAAAGAAAAGAAAAAAAAAAGUAACGUCCAUUUUAUGUCAUUAUAUUACUGCGGCAGUUAUUAAGCGUAUUUCAGCUACAAAUGGCUAUCUAUAAGAUUUAUUUUUAUUUUAUAUUCGCAAAUCAAGAAAAUUAGAUGCAAAAUUUACUUGUUUAUGUUUCAAAAAAGUAUGUAAACAAAUAAUUAGAAAUGUGGAUAUUUUGAAUAUUUGUGAUAUUUUAAUGAACUUUGUUUUUUAGUGAUCAAAAGUACAAAAUUGUAUUAAUAUGCCUUGUUGUAAUAAAAGCAAGUAUUACUUAUAAAAUUUAAACUAUCUUUAUUAUUUUAAUGUAUUAAAAACAAUAUAAUAUUUUAUUAUACAUAAAAAUAAUGUAAAUGUUUUGCAUCUACAUCUUGAUUAGUGUUCUAAGUGCAUUUAUGUAUUCUUAUAAGAAAUGUAUUAUUGUCAGUUUAAAACUAUGAAAUAGGUUCCUAUACACCAAUCAAAUAUGUAUAUGUUUUCAAUAUUUUUUUUAUGAUGUUUUUGAAAAUGCUUUGAGAUCUCAAUUAUAAAACAAAUCAGGCCUAGUAACGAAGCCGUUAAUUUAUUUAUACGUCAUUAAAGAUUUUGGCUUCAAAGUUUUAAUAAGAAUUCUGUACCUCUAUUUAUAUGAAAUUGGCAUCUAUUAUCUAAUGGAUAUAUUUGGUAAAAAUCUGGUUUCUCAGGAAAACUAAUACUUAACAGUGUCGAAUUUAAAAAUGAAAGAAAGCAGCAAAUGAAUAAUGAAUUAUUGUAAAAAUUAUGCCUAGAAUUUGCGUAUAUAUUAUACUGUAAUACCUUUUAGUUUGUUUUGAAACGUUAAAAUAUAAGGAAACAUUUUAUAACAAAA